AUGAUCUCCUUCCUCACCGUUGCGAGAUGGGUAGUCAAGGGGCUUUCAUGCGUCCUUAUGGCUGCGAUCGUUCUCAAAAUGCGAGAAUACUUUGGCCUGGAAAACGUCGUUUCCCGAGACGACCCCAGUUUUAACUGGGCAGCGGUCAUCGUCAUCGUGGCGGGAGCGAUCGGCGGCUAUCUCAGUCUCCUGAUUGAGGUGUUUUUCAAUGGACUAUCCGACAGUCACGUCUAA